CGGUUACUAUUUGCGGCUGGGCCUAGGGCAGAAAAAGGUCAGUGUGGCGACAAGAUUCUGUCACCGAAGCCAAUGUCUAGCUUAAUGGCGGCAGCAACAGAAGAGACUGGAUCCAGUCCCGGCGUCUAUGCUCUGUUGCAUAAAGGUCUGUUCGUUCAAAUAGGCAGCUUCCCUUCCUUUGCAGUCAUUCCCUUCGGUAGGAGGGAAAAUAGAACCAGAGCCAACAAGGUGUGUCUCAGUUUAAAACCCAAAUCUGUUGCUGGCGUAGUCCAGCCAGGCACGAGGCUGUCUUUUGUUCAAUCAACGUGGCGCACUACGCGGAGGCGGUGGAAGCGAGCCGGCAGAGCGAUUAAGAGAGCUGUCAAGCGAGCAAAUAAGCGAGGAAGAGAGAAAGAAAGAUAUUAUGGGGGAUUGACCAAUCAAAAAAGAGCCAUCAGCUUAACUGCUCUCAGACUCUGCCGCAACAGCCUGUUUGGCUGGCGAUUCGGGCUUGUAGGUGAGGCGUGUUUGCCGCUGGGAGGGCGGAUUAACCAAUCGCUCGACUAG